UUGUACAUAUGCAUGUCUCCACCCAACAUCACCAACAUGACCAUUUUGGGUUUAAUAAAAGGCAGUGGCGAGUCAGUCUACAGGGACCUGCUAUUGUGCUGUAUGGAGAGCCUCAACAGAGGCAAAACUUGUGAACCAAUAAUACAUUUUCGGAAACUAAACCCCUCUCUGCAGUCUCUAUACAUCAAUAGGACUGAGGCACUCAGGAAGGCUGGAGGGAGUGGGCGCCCCCUCACUCCAGCCAACAAAGGACUGGUGGAGAGCAUCUUCAAUAUGGGCAUCACUGUCUGGUAUGGAAACAUCACCCAGGCAAAGAAGAGGGCUCCCCAGAGAGUCACCAAGACUGCAGAGCAGAUUAUCAGACCAUAUCUUACGUCAUUUUACUCUGUACAUACAUAA